AAUUAUCUACUCUCCCGUUACUUUUAUAUGCUAAUAAAUAAAGGGGGGUGAAACAGGAGGCGUGUUACAGGCUUACAAGGCGUAAAUUCUUGUCUUCACCUCAUCCAGAUAGACGCAGACCCAAGGCGGGCGUGGAUCCACUACCCGCCUUAAUACUGUGGAUCGCCUGCCAUAGCAUUAAUUCAUCCUCUUCUCUUGAGUCAACACAUGAUGUAGACAUGACAAGCUCCGUUGAUGGGUAUCUUGUGGAUUCUUCUCUGGUCCAAUAGAUUUUGAAUGGCCAAGAGAUCUCUUUCAGGAAUCUCCCACUCUUACACCACCGUAGGUGCAGAGGAGAGAACACCUACCCCUCUCUCUCUCUCUAGAUCUCUAACGGUGGGCUUUAUUUAUUUUAUUUAUUUCUUUUCUGGUGGGGGACAGGAAUCCGUCUUCAUUUCCAAGAAAGAGAAACAAGGCGUACUCUUCCUUCGUUCAUGGCCGGUAACACAACGUCCCCGGCGGUGGAGUCUCCGGAAUCUGAAAACUCGUCGAUCAAGCAGGUGGCUCUGACGGUACCGACGACGGACGACCCAAACCAGCCAGUUCUAACAUUCAGAAUGUGGGUCCUGGGAAUAGUCUCUUGCGUACUGCUAUCCUUCCUCAACCAGUUUUUCUGGUACCGGACGGAGCCGAUAUCCAUCACUGGGCUGUCAGCCCAGAUAGCCGUGGUUCCUCUUGGCCACCUGAUGGCGUCCACUGUCACAAAGCGUGUGUUCUUCAAGGGCACCCGCUGGGAGUUCAGUAUGAACCCCGGUCCCUUCAAUGUCAAGGAGCACGUUCUCAUCACCAUUUUUGCCAACGCUGGAGCAGGCACUGUUUACGCCACCCAUAUUCUCAGUGCUGUUAAGCUCUUCUACAAGAGGAAGCUCACCUUCAUUCCUGCCCUCCUCGUUAUUCUAACAACCCAGAUGUUAGGGUUCGGAUGGGCUGGGCUUUUCAGGAGAUACCUAGUGGAGCCGGCGGAGAUGUGGUGGCCCAACAAUCUCGUUCAAGUCUCCCUUUUCAGGGCUUUACACGAGAAAGAAAAGAGGCCCAAAGGUGGAGUGACGCGAACCCAAUUCUUCCUCAUGGUGUUGGUGUGCAGCUUCGCCUACUAUGUGUUCCCGGGCUACCUCUUCCCCAUGCUAACAUCCUUGUCAUGGGUCUGUUGGAUAUUUCCCAAGUCCAUCUUGGCCCAACAACUUGGGUCGGGCCUUGAGGGGCUUGGAAUUGGUGCAAUUGGACUGGACUGGUCUACUGUCUCCUCCUACCUUGGGAGCCCACUUGCUAGCCCUUGGUUCGCCACUGCUAACAUAGCCGUUGGGUUUGCCAUCCUCAUGUAUGUCAUAACCCCUAUCAGCUACUGGUUCGACUUCUACCAAGCCAAGACCUUCCCACUUUUCUCAUCCGGACUCUUCACACGAACCGGUCAGAAAUACAACAUCUCCAGCAUCAUCAACGACAAAUUCCACAUCGACAUGAAUGCUUAUGAGCAUAAUGGACCCCUCCACCUCAGCACAUUCUUUGCCAUCAGCUAUGGUGCCGGUUUUGCUGCACUUACUGCUACUGUUGUCCAUGUCCUGGUCUUUCAUGGAAGAGAGAUAUGGCAACUGAGCAGAUCAGCAUUGAAGGAGAGCAAGAUGGACGUGCAUACAAGGCUUAUGAGAAGGUACAAGCAAGUCCCUCAGUGGUGGUUCAUCUGCGUCCUGGUGGUCAUCAUUGCCACCACCUUCUUUGCUUGUGGGUAUUACAACGACCAACUUCAGUUGCCAUGGUGGGGUGUCUUGUUGGCAUGCUUCCUAGCCAUUCUCUUCACUCUUCCAAUUGGUAUCAUUGCUGCCACCACAAAUCAGUCACCAGGUUUGAACAUCAUAACUGAGUAUAUCAUGGGGUACUUGUACCCAGGGCGUCCAGUUGCUAACAUAUGCUUCAAGGUGUAUGGGUACAUCAGUAUGACCCAGGCUCUCACCUUUAUAUCAGAUUUUAAGCUAGGCCACUACAUGAAGAUUCCUCCUAGAGCAAUGUUCAUGGCACAGAUGAUAGGGACCUUGAUAGCUGGGUUUGUAUACUUGGCAACUGCAUGGUGGCUUAUGAAGACCAUUCCCAACCUCUGUGACACAAAUUUGCUCCCCGACAAUAGCCCAUGGACUUGCCCAAUGGACCGUGUAUUCUAUGAUGCUUCUGUCAUUUGGGGGCUUAUUGGGCCACGCAGAAUUUUUGGGGAUCUGGGUACCUAUCCGGCUGUCAAUUGGUUUUUCCUUGGUGGGGCGGUUGCCCCUCUCCUUGUCUGGGCUGCCCAUAAGGUCUUCCCUAACCAAAAGUGGAUCCGUCUCAUCAACAUGCCUAUCCUGAUAGGUGCUACAGGAAUGAUGCCUCCAGCCACCGCUGUCAACUUCACUGUUUGGAUCAUCAUCGGGUUCCUCUCUGGCUUUGUCAUCUACAGGUAUCGACAAGGUUGGUGGCAGCGCCACAAUUAUGUCCUUUCUGGAGCUCUCGAUGCUGGUCUUGCCUUCAUGGGAGUGCUAUUGUUUCUGUGCUUGGGCUCGAAGAAUAUCAGCAUUGAUUGGUGGGGAGCCAGUCCAGAUGGGUGCCCCUUGGCUUCUUGCCCAACAGCUAAAGGGGUUGUGGUUGAUCACUGCCCAGUUUUCUAGCUAAACAAAAGAAUCUGAACAUAGGUUUGGAAAUAUCUGAAACAGUUGGGUUAUUACUGUAAAUAAUGCCUAUAUUUGUUUGGAAGAUUUGAUGAAUCAAAUGGCGGCCUUUUUCUUA